AUGGCAGACUCCGAGUCUGAGGAUGACGAGCCAAAACAGGCUGAUGCGGACAUCACCGCAGACACUGCUGCAGACACUGCAGACAAAGCAGACGAUGCUGCAGAGGCAGUGAAUGAAACGGAGGAGGUCAAGGAGGUUGAGCAGAAAGUUGAGACUGUUGCCACAAAGAAGGAGGAACCCGACACAAAGGAAGAAGGUGGAGGCAAACCGUCAUACACUCUUCAUAUUCGGGGCCUUGCAAGUGAUGUGGACCUAGACGAGUUGAAGAUCCGGUUAGAGCGUUUCGGGGAGGUUGCUGACCUUCAGCAGGAAGACGGCACUGUGGUGGCAAAGUUCUCGCGAACUAGCGAGGCUUACGAUGCAAAGCAGAAGCUGACGCUUGGUCCCGACAUCGUUAUAGAGUUUGGUCCCCAAGAUGCAGACCAUUACAACCGGGCAAAAAAGCGUGGCAGAAGGCAAGAUGCUGAAGAUGGGGCUGGAAGCGCCGGCAACAACAAAGGACGUGGCCUCCGAGCGUUUCAAUCGGAGAAAGAUGAGGGAUUGAUCCCCAAGAAGAAAAACGAAGAAGAGGUUGCACCUGCCAAAAAGGCACGUGGCCAACAAGCAGAUGCAGCCAGCAAGCUAACGCCUCCUUCUAAGCCCAUUUCAAGAUGGUCAGACAGACUAAGCUUCGAGGAGCAGCUUGAAGACUUCAUGAAGAUGCCCCGACGGGGCAUGUAUAAUCGAUAUCUUGUUCUUGGCAAACUCCCGCCCGAACUGCGGACAGGCGAGAACAUUUGGCGACUGAUGCAGCCAGUGCAGAAGGACAUUGUGCAGGUGGAGAUGCUGACUUGCUUCGGCAAGCCCGUCGCACAUGUUACUUUGCGCAGCGCUACUGCAGCAGCCGCAAUGCAUCGCUUGUGCGAGCAGAAUCACAAGAACUUGACGGUUGCAUUUGCACCACCUCGGAAGGCCACAGCAACGUUGUGGCUCGGAAACGUUGAUGACUUCGUGCCGCGGAAAUCGCUUGAGAGCGUCCUAGCCACGUAUGGCAAAGUCUUGCACGGCUUGCGCUACCUUCCCGCUCGCACAUGUGCCUUUGCCACAUACGGCGAGGUGAGUUGCUCGAUCGCCGCUAGGAAUAGCCUCUAUGGUUUGGAGGUCCAAAAGAACCAGUACCUGAACAUCGAUUUCGUCGAUGAUGUAGAUGCGCAAGCUGCCCCGCCAGACGCCUUUGGCAUGUGGGGCGGCGCGCCCACGUGGCCGCCGCCACCUUGGGGUAUGCCUGGCAUGCCGCCAUGGGGCCCUCGUCCACCGUGGGCGCCGCCCCCAGGCAUCGGUGCCUGGGGUAUGCCUGGCAUGCCUCCAAUGCCCCAUGCAGGGCCUUGGCCGCGUCCUCCUCGGGACUCGGACCAUUGGAGAAACUCAGAUGCCUUUGGCGCUGUGCCGGGAGCGCGGCUAGUCGAGCGGUCUAAGAAAAAUCGCGGGCGACGGGAAUCAGCCUCGAGAAGUCCGAGACAGGGCAAAAAAAAGGACAAGGAAAGUUCCAAAGUAGAUGCAGAGCCGGAUGCCCGCAACACCAAGUUCAAAGUUAAGCUCUACAAGAUGGGGGAGUUCUGCUGCAACAUUGUGGCCAACUUCGUCAAAGGCAAAGAGAGCCCAGAGUCCUUAACGAACAAGCUGCAGAUCGACCAGCGCACGAAGAUUGAUCACUGUCGAGCACACAUGGAUCGAGCUGGGGCUCUUUCUACAGUGUGGCAUUUCUCCGCUGCUGACAGGCGUGACUGUGCGGCGUAUGAUGCUCUUUGUGAUUAUUUCGUUGAGAAGCAGCGUGUAGGACUGGUGCAGACUCCUAGUUACUACAUCUACAUCGUUCCACCUACGGAGAAGUAUCUAAAAGAACUGAGCCUUCCGGCCUCCAAUUUCGUCGUGGGACUACAAAUCCCAAUCAAGAAGUAG